UUGCUUUGUUGUAGGCUUCCACCAGCUUUCCUUCACAAUUUAAAGUGUGCAAAUGGAGCCGAGCUGGAGUACGUUUCUUUUCCAACAGGCCAAUGAAGCCCUCCACCACCAGCACCAGGUGGCCCAGAAUAGCCUGCUACCACUCCUCAAUGCAGGAAAUGAACAAGUUGACCAGAAGCCUGUCUUGCCCAUCCAAAUAGACCAGAAGCCACCUACCGGCAUUGCUGAUCACCUCAAAGACAAUGUGGCAGGUGGAGGAGGUCAACGGCCGCCAGUGCCUGUGAUAAAGAAGGAACACAAAGGCAAGACACCUUUUGUAUGUGGCUACUGCAACAAGGCCUUCCGCGACAGUUACCACCUGCGUCGUCAUGAGUCCAGCCACACCGGCAUUAAGAUGGUGUCGCGCCCGAAGAAGACAGCCCAAACCGCCCCCACCAUGGUACCUAUGAUCUCCACCAUGCCGCGAGAGAACAACGGCAACCCUUCCUACACCUCCACGGUAGCCAACAUCCUCUCCACGGCAACCACCUCCGUUUCCUCCGGCACGAGUAUCAUGACGUCUUCUGCGAUGGGUAACGUGCCGCAGCAAAAUGUGCCCAAGAAACCUGCCAAGCCCGUCAAGAAGAACCACGGGUGCGAGAUGUGCGGCAAAGCCUUUCGUGAUGUCUACCACCUGAAUCGCCACAAGCUCUCCCACUCAGACGAGAAGCCUUUCGAGUGCCCCAUCUGCCAGCAGCGCUUUAAAAGAAAGGACCGAAUGACCUACCACGUCCGCUCUCAUGACGGGGGAGUACACAAGCCCUAUGUAUGCUCUGUAUGUGGGAAAGGCUUCUCAAGGCCAGACCACUUGAGCUGCCAUGUUAAGCAUGUGCAUUCCUCAGAAAGGCCCUUUAAAUGUCAAGUAACGGCCUGUACCUCUGCUUUCGCCACCAAAGACAGACUCCGUUCCCACAUGAUCCGACACGAAGGCAAAGUCACCUGUAGCAUCUGUGGGAAGAUGCUGAGCGCAGCCUACAUCACCAGUCACCUGAAGACUCACGGACAGACCAACUUUAACUCCUGUAACAAAGGUAAUGAAGUGCACAACUCUGCCUCAGCCACCCCAGUGACCAUUUCUGCUCCCAUCACCUCAGCGAUGAACCGUGUCAACGCCAACAACAACAACCCCGUCACCAUAGCCGCACAGAUGAACAUUAGCACCAACACGGUGAACAUCACGUCUCCGGUCAGCCUCCAGCACCCGGUCACCAUCACCGGGCCCGUCAACAUCGCCUCCGUCAACAUCCCCGCCACGGCGCCCAUGAAUAUCGCCCACCCGGUGGCCAUCACGACCCCCAUGCCCAUGAAUAUAGCCGGUCCGCUCAACAUCGCCAUGAGGCCCGUGGAUAGCAUGCCUUUUCUGUCCCAAGUCUUGCCUUCCUCCCCACCCUGGUAAAAAGAGAAGAGAAGAAAAAAAAAAACCAACAAGAAACAAAGAAGAGGCAGGGUCGAACUGGCCAGAAAGAAAGGGAAAAUGAAGUGAAGCAAGAGACUCCUGUCUUUAUAUUUGCACCUCAAGCCCGGCUCUUCCUCCUCCUCCUCCUCCUCUUCCUCCUACCCCUCCUCUUCCCCCUCCUCCUCCUCCUCCUCCUCUUCCUCCUCCCUCUUCACUUCACCAGGCCCCGGAGUGGGUAUUUACACGAGCUUUGUGGCCAGUAGGAGUUCCCCAAGUCGCAGUUGCGUCGUCCCAGCUAGAGGUGAAGUGACUGACGUGGUGCAGAACUGCAGGCUGAGUAGAAUUUGAGUAGGAUUUACCUUGAGGUCAGGACAGUGGUAAGAUUUAGUGUAGUCAGUUAGAAUCAAGAAACUGUGAUUUGUAUCAUGUCAAACGAGAGGGGACGAUUCCUCCAUAGGAGAACACACCUGUGCUUUUGUAAAAGGGAGACUUGAAAUGGACUGACGCAAUAACUCAGAUUGCUGUUUCUGAUGCUUUCCAAGUUCUCUCCAAAGCCUCUGGGUGUUACUUUGUUUUUGUUUUUUUGUUUUUUUAACUAUAGCCUGCUAAUCACUAUUUAAUGUUAUAGGAAAUGAGUCUAGUAAAAGGGACAGCAGCUUCCACUUGCAUGGAAGAAUAUUUUUUCACAAUGCUAUAGCGUUUCUUUUUUUGUUUGUUUUUUUUUUGUUUGUUUUUUUUUUUGUUUUGUUUUCCUCUCAGAUAGUAGGUAUGCUCUUGAGGUACAGUGACUAACUUGUACAGUUGACAUAGUAAUGUAUUUUCUCAUUGGCAUUUUUUCAUUUUUUGCUUUUUUUCAUUCAAGUGGAACAUGGCGACACUUUCCUCUUGACUAUGGAUAUUUGUACUUUUUCUAUUUGUGUGGAAACAUCUGUUUUCAGUUGCCUGUUCUGUAGUUGUUUUCCGAAAGUCAAGAUUGGAACGAGUUUUGCACUGAUUGCAUAUCCUACAUGCAGGCAAACAGCAGUAUUAUCAAAGAUCAAAUUGGAAGUUUUUUUUUUUCUUUUUAUAAGUAGGCGAGCCAACACUUGGAGGCCAUCUAGUGGCUGAAGUCGAAACAGCUCGGCCUUGUAAUUUUUUUUUUCUUCCCCUAGGCUGUUACUGUCAUAAUGGUGGCUAAAAUAGUUUUAGCUGACUCUUCUGAACACUGUUUUGUUUUUGUUUUGUUUUUUUUUCUUUAAGUUAUCAUUUACCUGUUGAAGCCCCAAUAUGAUAUUAAGGACCCUUCACUCAGGAAACACACUGAAAAGCCCAUCAGUCAUGAACUUGGUUCUUUUUAAAAUUGAUAUCCAGUAAUCCCCCGCCCCCUCCCCACACAGUCCCGACUCCCUGAUGUUCCUCCUUGGACUGCCUGUUGCUCCGGGCGUCCCAUCAUGAAAGGACUCGAGCAGACCUCCUCCAGGAACUGAAGGUCCGAGGGCAUAUUGAUUUUGAAUAGCCGUCCAUUUUAAAGUGAUCUUUUACUGUAUAAUGAAAUAAAUGCUGUACUUUUAUUUUUUAUUUUUAUUUUAUUUUUUUUUAUAUAUAUAUUCCUUUUCCAGUCCAGUCCUGUUCAGUCGCAGUCUGUGUACGUGCGUGGCUGACCUCCUGGAUGGGUUUUGAUUUUAAAAAUGCAAGCUUGUUGUCCAUCGAUUUUUGGGGGGGGGGGAGAAAAAAAAAGAAGAAAAAAAUGGACAAGAUUGACGUUGCAUGACCCCGAACACUGUAGCUGUUGAACAUUAACUAUUUUUUAAUGAAUGCCAUGUUAUCUCAGCAGUGUUGCAGCUCUUUGAGUUGAUUCAGUUUUGAUACUGAAAAA